CUAUGAAUAGAGUCGAAAGUACUAGAAGUGGACAAAGAGAUUGAAAUCUCGGGCCCAUAGUUGGAAGAAGAAGAGUCGAAAGUCUUCAAUAACGCUUUAUCAAUGAUAUUCCAAACAUCAAUAGAGAAUCAGUGAAACAGCCUCAAAUUUCUCGGAUAAUUUGUAGAGUGGUGUAGAGAAACGCGUAAUUUACAUUAUAAUUUUGGCAUAGUACUUAUACAGUAAGCAUGGCAACCUGGAGGUUAUUAUUUUCUAAUAACUCGGUUAAUUUGUUGUACACGAGGUAAAGCUUUAUUGGUUUUUCAUAAUUUAAAUUCCGAGUAAAUAUCCCCAAAUAGCUUUUCAGCAUCGUGAAAUGAAAUUAACCACUAUAAAAAAUAUACCUAAAAUCAAGAGUGACAUAGAAAAAAAUAUUUUACCACCAAAACCAAAAAAACCACUAAAUCCGUAUUUUCUGUAUUUUCAAUCUGUAAGAAAUAAAUUGCAACAAGAACAUCCAGGCAUAAAAUAUAUAGAACUUAUUAAAAAGGUAUCUCAAGAAUGGGCAAAAAUUGAUCCAACAAUAAAACAGAAAUUUCAAAAGCAACAUGAUGAGAAUUAUACUGUAUAUAAACAAAAAUUAGAUCAUUACAAUAAUUCUAUAACUGAUGAUCAAAGAAUGCUAAUAAUAGAAGAAUUAAUGAAGAAGAAAGGAGUUUUGGAAAAGAACCAAACUAAACAAAAACUUAUGGAACUUGGGAAACCAAAGCGACCAUUGAGUGCAUAUCUCAUAUUUUUAAGAAAUAAGAAAGAUAGCAAAGAUCCAAAAAUACCACAAAAGGAAUGGAUAAAAAAUCUUUCUAAUGAAUGGAAUAAAAUGACAACAGAAGAUAAAGAUAAAUAUUAUACUGAAGCAAAGGAAUUACAGGAAAAAUACAAUACUGACUUGAAAAAAUGGGAACAGAAUAUGAUUCAAAUGGGUCAUUUUGAUUUAUUAAGAUCCAAUACUAAAUCUAAAUCCAACAAGAGUGUUAAUAAAUAUGAAGAAUAGGAUUUAAAGUGCCCCAACCAAUUCAAUAUGAAAUCAACUGAAUCCAUUACUGCAGAUUUUUCAAAUAUUAAAAUCCAAAACAAGGACAAUGUCAAAACAGGUUGGGGCACUGAUAUCAAUGCUUCUAUAGAUAAUGUUUCUCGUGCUAAUAAUGAUCAACAAUAUGAAUUUACCAGAAGUUAUAUACUUUACAAUGAUAGAAAUGAUUUAAAAGCCCUAAUGAAGUCUUCAGAAAGUCAAAUGAAAGAUGUGUUGGGAAAAAACAAUAACUCAGUACUAUAUCGUACAUAUAUAGAUCUAUAUAAAUAUUUUAUUUCUAUAUGGCAUAGAUUUUCACUAAUAUUGAUAAAAAUCAAUUAUAAAAAUUGGAGGAUGGUAAGAGAAUAUGCAUUUAUUGGGAUAAGUGCGAUUUUGAUAAUGAUAUAUUGUAUUCUAAAUCUUAUAUAUAAAUAAUUAUUAUUUACAUCAUAUGUUGGACUUACUAGUAUAGAGUUUGCAACAUGAUUUGCAUUUUUUUGCAUUUUUAUUUUCAAAUGUAUAUAACUUGU